AUGAUCCAAGUUAAUGUUCAUAAAAAAUAUAGAGAUGUUGUUAUCAUUGAUAUAACAUCUAAAACUAAUCAAUUUGAUAUGAUAUUAAUGUUAGUUAUAGUUGUUGACAAUAACUUUCAAAAUUUAAUAAUAGCUGCUGCACUUUUAGAAGAUGAAACAGAAGCAACCUUUAUAUGGGUUUUUCAAGAAUUAAAAAACUCUUGCGAUGCUGCUCCAGUAGUUUUAUAUUCUGAUGCUAAUUCAGCAUUAAUAUCAUCUAUAAGAAAUAAUUAUCCAGAGACAUGA